UUGCGCAAACGCACGAGAUCAGCACUCAGGAACAGAGUCCGGUUCCCGAUUUUUGCGUAUUCAGUCAAAAAAUUUAACAUGUAUCCGAAACUCGUUUUUUUGUUUUGUUUAUUAUCAGUGGACGCAGCUCCUCAUGUGUAUGAUCAGUCACAGACCGGAGAAUUAAAUGUACAGGUGGAUUUAAAAGAUCUUCAAAUUUUCGCAUUAUUAAGUGGGAAGCAUGAAGAGUAUUAUGAGGACAUUGAUUACGCCUACGACUACUCUGAAAUGACCAUCAAGCCUCAGACAGGUACGUCGAAGAAACCGUUGAAUAUAACCAUGGGCACCGCGACCACGUCUGACAACGUAACUGUAGCAACUACCGUGAUUGACUUUACUACAGAACCAUUCAAGAAUAAUACUCAAGAAACUGAGACAACGACUUUUGCUACUAAAGAUUCUUCUACCUCGACGGCAAAGAGUGACCCAAUCUCCUCUCUAAAUAAAAUAUCAGUAGAAACAAACGCAACAGCAGGGUUACAUUUACGAAAAGAAGAUGGGGUUAACUCGAGUUUCGAUAGUUUGGAGACCAUGGAAGCUGCAACGAUAAAUAUAAACGUAUCAGAUCCUGUUACAUUAAAACCGCAGGUUUUGAUCAAUAAUAUUACAUCAACAAAAAUUGAAAUAGAGACCACUACAAAAAGCGAAAAUGCUGUGGUAUCAAACGUGACUACUCUCACAACAUCUAACGCUAAAUGUAAGAAAGGUUUUGUGCUGAAUCAAAGAGGAGGUUGCGAGUUGAAGAUACAGAGCAUGUCAAACGCAUUGCUGAAAAUAGUGAAACUGUCACAAAAAUUGAAAUCUAGAAGACACAGAAUAAAUAACCGAGAUUCUCCUUGA